AUGGUGCCUAACGACGAUGGCGAAACGACGCAGCCAAAACAGCGCAUUACGACCAUCGUACUCGCCGUGCUGGCCAUAUUUUUCAUGUUUCUCAGGUUGGCGGCGCGCCAGAUGAAGAGGGCGCCGUUGGGAAUGGAUGAUUGGACUUUAAUUAUGGGAUUGGUUUUUGUGGUAGCACUUGCAGCAGUCAAUAUCGUUUGCAUCCACUAUGGUUUGGGCCGACACAUGGACGCUAUACUCCCGACUGACCAGCCAAUCUUCCUUAAGCUCGUUUACGCCUUCGAACCGAUCUAUAUCACCACCGUCGGAAUUAUCAAACUCUCUGUCCUCCUUAUGUACCAUCGCAUCUUCCCUGUCCGCCUCAUCAAAAUCGGUGGUUAUAUUCUCGGCGGCAUCACUAUCGCCUGGGUAGUAUCCGUUGAUCUCGUCGCUAUCUUUCAGUGUACGCCCAUAGCUAGGGUGUAUAACCCCAUGCUUCCGGGUCACUGCAUUGACCUCAAAGCUGCGCUGAUCGGCAACGGAGUGCCGAAUUUUGUAACGGAUAUCUGUAUCCUCGCGUUACCGGCACGGCUUAUUUGGCGGUUGCAGGCGAGCACGUUGCAGCGCAUUUCUAUUAUUUUAGUAUUUUUGAGUGGAAGUUUUGUCGUAUUUGCGAGUAUCUACCGCUUCAGCCUCAUCUUCAUCUUCAAUAUCACCGAUCUCUCCUGGACUCUCGCCGACGCACAAACCUGGUGCGUAGUCGAAACAGCCGCGGGAAUUAUCUCGGCCUGUCUGCCUACCACGGCGCCACUCAUAAAGUCUUGCACCAGUACAUUUGUCUCGACUGUCCGCUCCUCAUCCAAGUUCAAUAAUACCCAGUCUGCCACUGGAGGAAAUAAGCCAGGGCGUGCUGGUGUGGCGAAAUCCACCAACGCUGAGGGUGUGCUGGAAGGGACAGGCGAAAGGGAUUAUGCACUGGAAAGGGUCGGACCUGGCAAUCUGGGGAGUCGUUCGCAUGCUAAAGGGAAAGGUUGGACGAUGAUUGGAGCGGAUGUUGAUAGUGAUUGA